AUGGUUGCUGGAGUUCCUCGAAGCCUCCCAUUCCGUGCAGAGCACAUUGGGUCUUUGCUUCGUACGGAAGCAUUGCUGAAUAAGAGAAAUGAGGUCGACGCUAGACAAGCACCGCCGGAGGAGCUCAAGGCCCUUGAAGAGAAGGAUAUCAGGGAAAUUGUCGAGAUGCAACGGAAUAUUGGUUACAGUGCUAUAACCGAUGGGGGAACGCGAUGCCUCCCUGACUUUAUCUUACGAGGAAUGGAGAAGGUCAAAAAUCCAACCCUUGACAUAUUCCGCGCGUAUCUACCGGAUGUCGGUGCAUUCAUUGAAGAGUUCUACAAACCGCCAGAAAGCUAUAUCUGCGCCAGCAAGCUCGAACAUGUCGGCAGCGCUUACGUCGACCAUUUCAAGUAUUUGGCAAAUCUCGUCCCACCAGAGGAAGUGAAGAACUUGAAACUAACGCUCGCGGCUCCCAAUUGGUACCAUUUGCGCUAUCGCGAAGGUCGUGCUUACCCAAAGAAGGUGUAUCCGUCGGACAAGGAGUAUUUUGAGGACAUUGCUAGGGCAUAUCAAACAGAAUUGCAGAUCUUGUAUGAUGCUGGCUUGCGAAAUGUGCAAUUCGAUGAUCCCAAUUUGGCCUAUUUCUGCUCAGAGAAGAUGAUUGCUGGUUGGCAAGCAGAUGCGCUGAACACAUGCACCGUUGAUGACCAGCUCAAUGCCUAUAUCAAGCUCUACAAUGACUGCAUCAGCAAGCGCCCCCUGCUGAUAUGCACAAUACCCACGAAGCUGUUCCGGACUCUCAAUGUCGACACUUAUUAUCUCGAGUUCGAUACACCUCGUGCUGGUGGGUUUGAGCCAUUGAAAGAGCUACCAAAGUAUAAGAAUGUUAUUAUUGGUGUUGUCACUAGCAAGUUCCCAGAACUUGAGGAUCCUGUAGAAAUGAAGAAGAGAAUUUAUGCUGCCGCUGCUUUCGUCGCUGAUGGGAGUGGGCAGACUGUGAAAGAGGCGUUGACCAGAAUGGGUGUCAGUCCACAGUGUGGAUUUGCUAGCCACAGCAUUGGAAAUGCUUUGGAUCGGGGUGCAAUGACCGCCAAAUUGAAACUUGUGCGUGAUUUAGCUAAUGACAUCUGGCCAGGAGAAUCCUGA